AGUGAUACCAGGAAGUGCGUCUGCUCUGAACGGAAGUGUUUCGUCAGUAGUACGCGACGCUUGGACACGCCGUGGUGUGGUCUCACGACAAAAGGAGCGGAAGAUGCCGGUCCAGGAGGAAGAGGAUGACAGGAAGUCUACAUCUCAGGAGGAGGAGGUGGACACUAAGGUGACUAUUCAGGAGAAAGAAGAAGACAAGAAGAUGACUACUGAAGAGGAAGAAGAGGACACAACAAUUGUGGAUGAUGAAGAUAGUGUUCAAAUAAAGCGGACAAAGAGAACUCUCCAAGGGCCUAAGCCAACUUCCUCUUCAGCCAGGAAGUGUGUUCCAGGGAUUUUAUACAUUGGUCACAUUCCUCCGAGGUUUCGACCCAAACACCUGAGGAAUCUUAUGUCCGUAUACGGGGAGAUUGGACGCGUUUUCCUGCAACCUGAAGAUGGCGAGAUCAAAAAAAGGAAGAAGAAGUCAGGAUCGAGGAGGUGCGACUUCACCGAGGGCUGGAUCGAGUUUCGUGACAAACGCGUGGCCAAGCGAGUGGCGGCGUCGCUACACAACACUCCCAUGGCCACAAGGAAACGCCAGACGUUCAUCUCUGACCUCUGGUGCAUCAAGUACCUGCACAGGUUCCAGUGGACACACCUGAGCGAGCGUCUGGCCUACGAGCAGAUGGUGCUACAGCAGCGUCUCCGCACUGAAGUGUCGCAGGCCAAGAAAGAAACCAACUUCUACCUGGAUAGCGUGGACAAGAGCGCUCACAUGGACAAAAUGAAGAGGAAGAGGAAGAGUGACGCACAGCAGGUGGAAGAUCGCACGUGGGACUUCACGCAGCGCCAGACGGAAGAGGAGAUCCAAUCGAAGAAGAAGAAGAAGAAUACACAAAAAGACACCAUUAGCCAGAAGCAACAGGACAAGGAGCGCCUCCACCAGCAAAAGAGCCAGUCAAACGUCUCCUUGCUGGCAAAGAUUUUUAACUCCCAUCAGCCUUAGCGGCGGCCUAUUUCAUCACAAUAAUGACUCCUAUUUUACAGGCCUUUAUUGUGUAGAGUCUUAAUGGGGACCUAAUUUUUGCUAAUUUUUUGCCCUUUGUAAUGAGCUGUGGACUCCUACACACGUUUUAGUGCUUCCAGAAUCUGCACCUAUUCAUCUGCACUCAUAAGAAACACUUCCGGGUUGUGCCGCUAACUAUUUAGGAGUUAAUACUGAUAAUAAAUGCCGAUUUCGCUCACUGCCAGUGCAUAUAAAGUCUUCUGGUUUGUGCCGCCAACUUUACAGGUGUUGAUAAACGGCAAUUUAUCUUUUUAAAAUGUCCGCUUUUUGUUAGAUCCCGAAUCGGAUCCGGAAGUGGAGACUAUACAGUCCAAAGUUUCUCAAAAAAAGAGAUUACCUGUUCAAGAUUUGCAUGGUUUAACACGACAAUACAAUAUUGUAACUACAUUUAUAGGUCAGAAAAGUGGGGAAAAAGCAUAAUAUGGCCCCUUUAAAAACGGUCUUUAAGUCAUAUGACAUCAGAUCAUGUUGCUUGAAGGGAAACAGCUUGUGGAUCUAAAGAUA